AUGAACGACUUCUGUUCUCCAGAUCUUCAACUUUGUCCCUCAGGACGCUGCUUUGAACACGGGGUCUCCCUCGCCGCCAUGAAGGGGCUUGGGGGGGUGAACCGCAACCGUCACCUGUCGGACUGUGACCCUGCCUCCUCGCCCGCGCACCAGUACCAGCUACAGCACCAUGAUGCACUGCUGUACCCGGCAUCUCACCCCAGCAGCACGCUCCCUCGUGGCCCGUACCCCAUCAUGGACCGCUACCCGGACCAGCACACCCCGCUCCCCAACAGCAGCACAUUCCCUGGCUCGCCCUACUCCGUGUACGACGGCUUCUCACCCCCGGACAGCCUCCAGUCUGCGCACCUGGGCUCCGCUUCCGUGGGGAUGGGGAUGUCCGGUCUGCGCGCACCGAUCACCAGCGGGUCGGCCACCAUCUCGCACCACUUCAGCCGGAGCGAAGCACCACAGAGCCUGAUGGAGCUGGAGCGCAGCCUCCCCGUGGGCGCCAGGGACGGUUUCAGCACGCUGCAGUUUCACCGCAGUAACGCCAGCGCAGCCAAGCAGCGCGAGAGUCCAGGGAAGAUCCGUUACAUGCUACAUUCCGUGAGCAAGCUGUUCAACAAGGCUCCUAACGCAGAGCCGCAACCAGGGAAGAGCGUGAACGGGAGAGCAUCCGGGGGCUCGUCCAGCACCGAGGAGGUGGGCAAGCAGAGCAGGCGCGCCAAGAGCCGAGACCGCGGCAAAGAGAAGCAGCGCCCUCGCUCAAACAUGUCCAAUAUGUCCAACAUGUCCGGAUACUGGAGCAACGACGACCUGGACAGCAGCGACCUAAGCAGCUACCACCACAACAGAGCCAUGGGGGAGCUGCAGGGGGCGCUCCACGGGGGGCUCCAGGGCGGGCUCCAGACACUGCAGAGCCCUCAGCAGCGUGUCCUCCCUGGCGGGUACCACACAAUCGGCCCAUCCCGCAGUGCCGACAUGUUCUCUGUGGGGGGUCAGAGUGGGACUCUGGGGGUCUCAGACCAGGACUAUGUGAAGGGAGGCUCCUGGUGCACGCUGACCAUGGGACAGCCACGUCACCUCCUCCAGCAGGGGGCACACACACUGGAGCGAUCCGUGCUCAAGUCCAAGUCCUGCAACCAACAGCUGAGCACCAACUACCUGCAGGUCGCCAACACGGUGAGAUUACUUAUUUGA